AUGAGCAGAUCCAGGUCAAGUUCUCUUAAAGACAUGUUUGUGAAACCUGCGGCCACAAAGAAAAAGAAAUCGGAGAAAAAAAAGCCAAUACCGAAGAAACUUCGAGGUCGCUAUCGUUUCCGUGCUGUAACACGGUUGAUUCUAGAAUAUAUGGAAUGGAUACAGGAAGUGCCUGUACUCGAAGAGUUUGUAGGUGACGACGUAACAAAGAACGUGAAGAUGGCACAGCGUAAGCGAGUACCUGAAAGAAAAAAGCUCACAAUCAAAGACCGUUCGAUACUCCUUACGGACAUACCUAGCAGAUCAAAGGAAAAUCGAGCCUACUUAGCAGUGCUGAUGAGGAAUCUACAACCCUAUAAAAAGUAUCCAGAGUCCAUGUGGGAUCAAAUUGCUGCCGUGACCGGCUACCAGUAUUUUGGUGCAGAACGAGUCCUCGUUCGGCAAGGACACAUGCCACAAAUGCUUUACUACAUUGUCAGGGGGGAGGUCAAGGUGUCCAAAAUUGCCGAAGAUAGUGUUACUGGAGACAGAAUCGAAAGGGUUAUGGAAACACUCGGCCCGGGAGACAUGUUCGGUGAAGUUGCAAUACUCCAUGCUAUUCCUCGAUCUGCUACUGUCGUAACAAAAACUUCCGUCGAUUUGCUGACCAUAACUCGCGGAGACUUUAAUGUCGUUUUGAGGCCAUGGCUAACAGAGCAGUGGGAAAUUUUUAAAGACGCCAUAGUUAACUUCAAUUACUUCAAAGGAUGGGAUGAAGAAACAAUGAGAGAAUGCUGUAUUUUGAGUAAAAUUAGGGACUAUCGACCUGACGAGGUAUUACUCGGAGAUGCGAAGGGUAUGGUCAAUUACGUGCAUUUCAUAUUACACGGAAAGUGUAGAGUAAUUGAGCACAUGGUUAUCCACGAGGAGCUUGUUGUCAAUAAAGUCAAAUACAAGCUUUACGACCCACAAGACUUUAAAAAUUCAGAAUCUUUACACGAAGCUGGAACAACAUUCCAAGACCAAGUUAACGACGUCGAAACGACCGAACGAGUCUCCACCUCCACGUUACAGGGUAAACUUUCUGAUAGCAAAGGACUCCAGUCCGUACCAUCCGAGAUCGAUUACACGCAGUUAAUGUUAUCCAGGCGACCGAUGAAUGUCGAUAUGGAGAGAACAAGCAUUUUCACACUGACUCUGCAGGACGUGGUAAAUGAGUGGCACGAAAUAACGGACGUGACUGAGAUGCUAAUGAGAGAACCAUCGACGACUUCAGAAAAAACUUACCCCAAGAAUGUUCACACCGUUUUCAUGCAGAUUUGUUUAUUUUAUCGCGGUGCCUGCUUCGGUUUAGGAGAAAAAAUGCACAACCGUCGGAUAGUGUCUAUAUCCCCGACUCGCUGUCUACUUGUUCCACGUUACUGGUUACUAGAACACAACCGUGCUAAUAUUUGGGAACAAGUCAGGUUGUUCAUAGAUUCGAAGUACCCUACAACUGAACAACUGUUUAAAAAAUUUGUCAUGAAUCGCAGAUGGAUGAAUUACAAAAAGGGAUUGGUACACCAUAUCAUUGAAAAUGGACGGAAAGUACCAAAUUCCACGACUAUUCACGAUGUACCUUACUCGAUCAGAAUUACCGAUGAAAUAGAAACGAUUGAGAAAAUUGAAUGAAAUUAUUUCAACGAAAAUACCUGACUAUG